AUGGAGGAGCCGCGGCUCACGCUGGCGAUCGCCAAGACAGAGGCGCUCUGCGUCGAGAUGCCCAUGCUCUUCAAGGACGUGGCGAAGGCGCCCGAGUACUUUGGCGGUAUGCAGAACCUCUCGACGAUCCAGGAGACCAAGACGCCGUUCCUGCCCAUCAAGCUGCGGCCGGGCGAGCCCAACUGCAAGCCGAUCUUCGCCGACCGUGCCAAGACGCAGACGUUCGUGCUCAAGGUCACGAAGAAGCGGCCGCACGAGCCAUGCACCGCGGCCAUCACGGCCAUCGCGACCGAAAAGUUUGUCUGCGAAGGCAUGGCCGACUUCCAGUACCUGGCCGCGCCCAGGUACCUCGAGAGCAUGGCCGAGCCGAUGACGAAGAAGCUCUUGCUCUACCGCAACAUCUCGACGGCCAACGAACUCGAGCUUGUGCCCGAAGUCUUCUCACGCGUUGACCUUCCGCUUCGGUACGAGUUCAAGCAACGACCCAAGUUCAAGGAGCGCGAGCCCGGCGACGAGGCGUCGCCCGCGACCAAGGUCACAGGGCGCGGUGUCCAGUACGUCAACUUCCGCACCGACAAGGUCGUGCCGCAAUUCCAAGGCCCGCAGAGCAUGCCCAAGACGCGCGGGAUUCCGGCCGAGCUGGAGGAGCAAGUGCUCACGUUUCUUCGACAAAAGCUCGACGAGCGACCGAUCUGGCACCGCCACAAGCUCUUUGAGAACGUCUCGGCCGCCGAGCGUCGCGUCGCCCUACGCUUCCUCCCGUUGAUGUGCUACAUCUUCCUCAGUGGGCCAUGGCGGGGCAUGUGGGUGCGCAUGGGCUACGACCCGCGAACGACGCCAUCCUCUGCGCUCUACCAGAUGCUUGAAAUCCGAGGCAACCGCGAGCUCGUGCUAUCGACCGUCAGCAUGCGGACGCAGAAGAAGAUCUCACGCAACAAGUUUACCUCCCGUCUCUCGACGGUGAUCCAGUCGAUGGACGCCGAAGACGACGUGGCGCUCCACUUUAAGCAGAAGAAGCGCCACAACCGGUCCAAGUCGACCGUCAAGACAGCACCGUUGGCCGAGCUCGACGACGAGGCGCCGACAUACCUCAUUUACGGCAUUCCUCUGAGCACGGGCUACUUUCACAUCCAGCUCUGCGACCUCCGCGAGAACAACCCGUCGAUCGACGCGGCCAUGACGCCGUUCGACUCCCGCAUGCGGCAAUCGGCGAGUAUUCUCUCGGGCUGGUACCCGUCGUGCAUGUUUGCGAUGCUGCGCGAGAUGCUCCGGUUUCACAUUGCGACUGUGGUGGGCCGGCCCGCCGAAGAGCUCGCGAUGCGCCAAAAGCACAUUCGGGCGCUGGAGCGUGCGAUGCUCAAUGAUCUCGCGGCGCGCGGCGACGUCGACAGCGAUGACAACACCAAACGACCGUCGUCAACGACUGGCGACGACGGUGACGCCCCCGCCGACGAAGCAACGGCCGACGAAGCAACGGCCGACGAAGCCAACAGCGGCGAUGACGAUGACGGCGACGACGACGAGGACGAAGACGACGACGACGACGACGAGGAAGAAUCCAAGCAAGAUGAUAGCGUCUCCACCGUGAUUGCCCUUUAA